UUUUUUUUUAUUAUGAAUGCUUUACCUGAAAGUGAAGCAUUUGCUCCAACGACAGCGGAUCAGUUCACUGACAGAUAUUCAAUUCCAGAGAUGGGGUGGACCUUCUGUAUCAUCUUCUUUCUGUUUGUGUUGGCGUGCGGGUGCUGGCCACUGCCCGACCCUGAGCCCCUGAUGCACGGUGAGGUCCAGUCUCCCCAGUAUCCGCAGCCUUACCCUCCCAACCUGCAGGAGCAGUGGGACCUCAGUGUGCCCGAAGGCUACCGGAUCCAAAUUACCUUCACACACAUGGACAUUGAAGCUUCUGCAGGCUGCUACUACGACUCCCUCACAGUUCUCUAUGAUGGAAAGGUGAUGGGAAAGUUUUGUGGCUCUGAGAACUCAGCUUAUGGGCACCAUCCCGGCAACCAGCCCAUCUUGUCUCCAGGCAACAGACUCACCCUCAUCUUCCAGACAGAUAACAACAACCCAGAGCGCCACCAGAACGUGGGCUUCGCUGCUCAUUACCAGGCGUCAGACAUAGAUGAGUGUUCUGCCCCUGGAGAUGCCUCAGGUCCACUCUGCACUCAGAUCUGCCUAAACACACUCGGGUCUUACAUCUGCUCCUGUCACCAUGGCUACGAACUACGCUCAGACCAGCGCAGCUGCAUGUUGUCCUGUGCUGGUGAUACUUUUGAUGAGCCGGAGGGAUUUCUUCACAGUCCAGGAUAUCCCAACUCCCCACCUCAUGCCGUGUCCUGUCAGUACAUAAUUUCUGUAGAACUUGGCUUCGCUGUGUCUCUCAACUUCUCUGACAACUUCCACAUCGAGAGUGUUGACACGCAGCAAGGCCUGAGCUGUCUCCAUCACUGGUUGCAGGUGACCGUUCCAAACAGAGAUCACAUAAAGCUGUGUGGUGCAAAGAGUCCAGGUCUGAUGGUCACAAACUCCAACACUGUCCAGCUGGACUACCACACUGACGACGAAGGCCUGAGCAACGGCUGGAGCCUGGACUACAGCACACACAGGGUGCAGUGUCCAAUUCCUGGUAACGUGGCCGAAGGCAGAGUCACGCCAAUCUUGACCAAAUAUUUCUACAGAGACUACAUCUUUGUGCGCUGUGCCCAAGGAUACAAGCUGAUGAUGGGGGGUCAGGAGAUGGAGAGCUUCUCUACCAUGUGCCAAAGCAAUGGACAGUGGCACCUUCCUCUGCCUGAAUGUCACAUAUUUGAUUGUGGAGAACCUGAACCUCUGCUGAAUGGUGGAGUGACCUUCCUCUCUGGCUUCCAAAACCAGUACCGUUCUGUUGUUCAGUACCACUGUAAUGAACCGUUUUACUCGCUCCUUGGGGCCGUGAAUGUUAGCUUCACCUGUGAAUCAGACAGAAAGUGGAGAUCCAACAAUGAUGUUGUUGUCAGACCAACAUGCAUACCAGUUUGUGGCAAGCCAACACAACAACUCUCUGAGUAUCAGAGGAUCAUUGGAGGCAAAAAUGCUCCAGACAAUACCAUCCCCUGGCAAGUGCUACUGAAUAUAGAUGGAGGAAAAGGAGGAGGCAUGGUGAUCGCAGACCGCUGGAUUAUGACCGCAGCUCAUGUCGUAGUAAAAGAGGGGAUCACUGCAUUAAACCACACUGUUCAGGUUUUUAUGGGACUUACUGAUGUUCGGCCCUUGAUGGUUUCUCCUGUUAAUGUUGUCUCAGUCCACAUUCACCCUGAUUACAACAACCCCGUAGACGUAGACUACAACAACGACAUUGCCUUAAUCAAACUGCAAGACCCGAUCACAUUCAACCCAUCAGUAAUGCCCAUAUGUUUACCAGCGCAGGAUGCCACAUAUGGCACUGGCACAUUGGGACUGGUGUCAGGUUUUGGCGUUUCAGGAACCGAUGGCCAACGGUUUUCUUUUAAUAAGCUGAAGUACGUGCAAGUGGCUGUGGUGGACCAGGAGGCAUGCACUCAAUCAAUUACAUUGGCUAAGCAGAAACCGAACAACAACGUACCAAGCCUGACAAACAACAUGUUUUGUGCUGGAGAUCCUCUAGGAGGGAAGGACUCCUGCCAAGGUGACAGUGGAGGCCCCUACGCCCUGAUGGACCAUGGACAGUUUUGGGCUGCAGGGAUUGUCAGCUGGGGGGAGGGCUGUGGAAAGAAGGGAUCAUAUGGAGUCUACACCAGAGUCACUAACUACCUGGACUGGAUCAAGAAGACCAUGCAGGAGAACGUCGUCUAUGAUCAGCAGAUCCUGGGGAGGUUUUGCGGCCAGGAGAAUUCCACUGGUCACCCAGGCAAAGAGCCGAUCCGUUCUCCUGGCAACAGACUGACUCUCAUAUUCCAGUCAAGGAUUAACUGUGGAAAACCUGACCCUCUGCUGAACGGAGGGAUGAUCAACCGGAUUGACUUUGAAAACUACUACCGCUCUGUUGUUCAGUACCACUGUAAUGAACCGUAUUAUUCCCUCCCUGAGGAUGCAAACGUCCACAUUCACCCUGAUUACAACAACCUUGUAGACGUAGACUACAACAAUGACAUUGCCUUAAUCAAACUGCAAGACCCGAUCACAUUCAACCCAUCAGUAAUGCCCAUAUGUUUACCAGCGCAGGAUAUCACUGGCACGAUGGGUCACAUUUGCCAAGAUAAACAAAAACACCUACUGGGAGUUCAAUGUUCAGUACAACACGCCAGGAUCCGUUGGGACUUGACACAAAUCCUCUCAGAACAGCAAACCACUCGCAAACUGUAUCUACUUCCUCCAGACAUGGGUUGGACAUACUCUGUCAUUUGGUUUGUGUCUGUGUGUGAGUGCUUUUCUUUGGGCUUCACUAAUUCUUUAAUGCGUGGAGAGAUCCAGUCCACUCUGUAUCCCCUGCCCUACCCAACCGGCCUGAAGAGAGAGUGGAACAUUUUGGGACUUGACGGCCACCAGAUCCAGCUGUCCAUAACACAUCUGGACAUCAAACCAUCCGCUGGCUGCUCUGAGGACUCUCUUACAGUCCUCUAUGUUCAGCAGAUCCUGGGAAGGUUUUGCGGCCAGGAGAACUCCACUGAUCACCCAGGCAAAGAGCCGAUCAUUUCUCCUGGCAACAGACUGACUCUCAUAUUCCAGUCAAGUAACUCCAACUCAGAAGUCCAACAGCAUAUUGGCUUCUCUGCUACCUAUAAGUCAAUAGUGAUUGACUGUGGAAAACCUGAACCUCUGCUGAACGGAAGGUUCGUCUACCUGUCCACCCGUCAGACCGCUAGAGCUUAUUUCCACUGUAAUGAGCCGUACUAUUAUCUCCCUGAGGAUGCAAACGCUAAAUUCAUCUGCGGAGCAGAUGGAAAAUGGAAAUCCAGCAACGGCAGUGGUGUCACUCCUACAUGCAUACCAGCAAAAGGGUGUGGAGAACCUGAACCUCUGCUGAAUGGAGAGAUGAUCAAACUGUAUGACCAGUUCAACAACCUCUCUUCUGUUUUUUACGGCUGUAAUGAGCCGUUUUAUUCCCUCCCUUUAGAUUCAAACGUUUUUUUCACCUGCAGAGCAAAUGGAAAAUGGAAAUCCAGCACCGGCAGGUUUGUCACUCCUACAUGCAAACCAGUUUGUGGCCGGCCAAUGGGACGACUCCUUGUGCAUCCGGCGAUAAUUGGAGGCAACAAUGUUCCAGAAUAUACCAUCCCCUGGCAAGUGCUACUUAAAGUAAAUAACACGGUUGGAGGAGGCAUGGUGAUCGCAGACCGCUGGAUUAUGACCGCAGCUCAUAUCGCAAGACAAGCUACCAACCCAGUAUCAAACGACACUGUGCAGGUUUAUCUGGGACAAACUGAUGUUAAGAGCUUGAUGGUUUCUCCUGUUUAUGCUGCCUCAGUCCACCUUCACCCUGAUUACAACAAACCCGUACUCUACAACAACGACAUUGCAUUAAUCAAACUGCAAGACCCGAUCACAUUCGACGCAUCAGUAAUGCCCAUAUGUUUACCAGCGCAGAAUGCCACAUAUGUCACUGGAACGAUGGGACUGGUGUCAGGCUUUGGCGUUACACAGGAAAUGGGCAAUUCAACAAAAAAGUUGAAGUACUUUCACCUCCCUGUGGUGGACCAGGAGACUUGCAGUGAAUCAUUUAAUACGUCUCAGGAGAAACUAGACGGAGGACAAAUCCUGACAGACAACAUGAUUUGUUCUGGACUUCCUGAAGGAGGGAAGGACUCCUGUAGUGGUGAUGCUGGAAGCGCCUUUGCCCUGAAGGACAAUGGACAGGUUUGGGCUGCAGGGAUUGUCAGCUGGGGGACUGGCUGUGGACGGCAGGGAGCAUAUGGAGUCUACACCAGAGUCGCUAACUACCUGGACUGGAUCACGAAGACCAUGCAGGAGAACUGAGAGUUACAAUCUUUAAUCAUUAAGUUCUGAAAAAUAACAACAAACAAGAAAGAAUGACUUGACACAUGUCUUCCAAUAAAAUGAUGGAGGUAACUAAA